AUGAGCUCGCACAACAACACGGGGGAAGAUAUCCUCAAGCGCCAUGUCCACGACGGAAACUUGCCUCCAAGACCAGCCAUCUCGCCGACUGCAAUGGUCGACGCGGCCCCGCAUACAUCGGACUCGCACUCAGACUUGGAGAAGAACGCAUUGUCUGCCACGAUCAGCAUGGACACCGGCGGGGAGGGUGCGACAGAGGCCGACCCACCCGUACCAGACAACUAUGCCGAGAUCCAUGGCCUUGCGCACAGCAUGAAGCCUUGGGAGAUCCAUGUCACCUUCUUUAGCCUCGCCAUCGGUGGCUUCCUCGCCGCACUGGACCAAACCAUCGUCUCCACCUCCAUGCCCACCAUCGCAUCCGAGUUCUUCGCUCUCAACCAACAGAGUUGGAUUGCAACGUCCUACUUGCUCACUAACACCGUUUUCCAGCCCUUCUUUGGUCGUGCUUGCGAGCUCUGGGGAUGCAAGGCUGUCCUAUUCGUCUCGAUCACUAUCUUCAAGUUUGGCUCUCUCAUGACCGCUACCGCGCAAAAUUUCAUCUGGCUCUGCUGCGCGCGCGCAGUCGCAGGUAUUGGCGGUGCAGGACUGAUGGUCAGCAUCAUGAUCAUGAUCAGUCAGAUGGUGCCACUCCGAGAGCGUGGUCGGUACAUGGGCGUCAUGUAUGCCCGCGUCACACUCGCGAGCGUCCUUGGUCCGGUCCUCGGCGGCAUAUUUACUCAUGACGUUACCUGGCGCUGGUGCUUCUACAUCAACCUGCCUAUUGGCAGCACUGCCGUCCUCGUGCUGCUCUUCUUCAUCCCCAAGGUCCCGUCCGCUCCCCGCCCCGCCUCCGUCGGCCUGCGCGACAUCGAUUUACUCGGCAUCGCACUGCUCUCUGCAUCCGUCACUGCGCUCCUCCUCGCUCUCACCUGGGGCAGCGGCGUCUACCCCUGGGGCAGUGCGCGCAUCAUCGCGCUGCUCGCCGCUGGCGCUGGGCUCAUACCGCUCUUUGUGCUCUGGAAGCGCCGCGUGCGGGCAUGCGGGCGUGUGCCCGUAAUCCCGCUCGAGAUGUUCCGCCACCGCAACGUCGUCGCGUCGACGGUGAACUACUUCUUCACACACAUGAGCCUCUUCGGCAUCACCGUCUACGUCCCGACGUACUUCCAGCUUGUCAAGGGCGACUCGCAGCUCAUCUCCGGGCUCGAGCUGCUCCCGUUCGUCGUCCCACUCUCCUUCUCCUCCGUGCUCGUCGAUCACCUCGUUGUGCGCACGGGCUGGGUGCGUCCUUGGCUCUGGGCCGGCGGCGCCAUCUUCACGCUCGGCGCGGGGCUUGGCGCGCUCAUUGACGCGACAACGCCGCGCGGCGAGGCGCUCGCGAUCCUCGCUGUCGCCGGCUCGGGCAUGGGCUUCGUCUACCAGACGAAUACGCUCUCGGCGCAGGGCCAGGUAGGCCGCGGCGAGCUCCCGCGUGUGACGACAAUGACAAUGUGGAGCAAGAGCCUCGGCGGCAUCAUUGGCAUCGCCGUCAUGGGCACCAUCCUGCAGAACGUCCUCGUCGCGCGCGUCCGCGCGGACCCGCGCACCGCGCCGUAUGCGCAAGACAUGGACUCGACUGCGCUCCUCGCGCGCGUCCCGCCCAGGGUGCAGUACCUCGUGCGCGGCGACUACGGUGUCACGUUCUCGCGCAUGAUGCUCGCCGCGACCGCGUUUGCCGCCGCAGGCCUCGCCGUAUUGCUCUUCGCGCAGCACGUCCCGCUCGACCGCCGUGCCAAGGACUCGGAGGAUCCGUAUAUUCGCGCCAGUCGCGCGAGCAGAAGGUCGGACGAGAAAGCGGCAGUGGCGGUGGCGGGAGAUAUGGAGAAGGAGAGCGGCAAUGACGGCAAGUGCGUCUCGAAAGCAUGCAAAGAGGCGGACGGGCAGGGGCUGGCGGCGUCUCAUCCCGUGACGGUCGUGGAGGAUAAGCUCGUGGGCGCGGAUGCUACGUCAGUCAGAUCUCUUGGGAAGCGGCUGCAUCGGGAAGAGUCUGCAUCAACUGAGUCUGUGAUGGAGGGGGGUGUAUCAGAGGCUGGCUAG